AGGGCGGAGGGACAGCUUUGUGUUCCAGGCACUGCCUGGUAGUUGUGCCCGCCUUCGCAGCCCGUGCUCACUUUCCGAGACUGUUAGCGGAGAGCCCCGCCACACGGGGAGAGGCGGGACGGUGGGGAUGGCCUCGCAGCGCCCUCUGGGCGUCGGCUUUCGUCGCCGGGCAGCAGGGGCUUCCUUGGCGAUCGCCCUGGGUGGAGGAGAGGAGUUUCCGGGGCUCGGGUUCCAGCCGCCUUCCCGGGGAAGGAGCGCGGAAGCCAGUGGGCGGCGAGAGGCGGAGCGAGGGACGCGGGGGGCGUGGACGCAGCCGGCUUUGGAAAGGCCCCAAGUUAAUGAGGCGUGCGCCGGCGGCCGAGAGCCUUUCGGAGCUGGGCUUUCCCCCGCGGUUCGGGCGCCAGGAGCCGCCUUUUCCGCUGGGUGUCACUCGGGGGUGGGGAAGAUGGCCCAUUCAAAAGCGCCGCGAGGGGGCCCGGCCGGUGCCCUUCAGUGAGCGCUCGCAAGAGGACGGCAGAGGCCCAGCGGCUCGCAGCUGCGGGACCUUGUGGCGGCGCAUCAGGACGCGGCUGCCCCUCUGCCGGGACCCAGAGCCGCCGCCGCCGCUCUGCCUCCUGCGGGUUAGCCUCCUUUGCGCGCUCCGGGCGGGCGGCCGUGGGAGCCGCUGGGGCGAGGACGGCGCGCGGCUGUUGCUGCUGCCCCCGGCCCGAGCGGCUGGAAGCGUUGAGGCCGAGCCAAGCGGCGGUGCCCUCUAUGCUGGGAGGAUGUUGGAGAGCAGCGGCUGCAAGGCGCUGAAGGAGGGCGUGCUGGAAAAGCGCAGCGACGGGUUGCUACAGCUCUGGAAGAAAAAGUGCUGCAUCCUCACCGAGGAGGGGCUGCUGCUCAUCCCGCCCAAGCAGCUGCAACACCAGCAGCAGCAGCAGCAGCAGCCUGGGCAAGGACCGGUCGAGCCGUCCCAACCCGGCGGCCCCGCCGUCGCCGGCCUUGAGCCACCGGUCAAGCUCAAGGAAUUGCACUUUUCCAACAUGAAGACCGUGGACUGCGUGGAGCGCAAGGGCAAGUAUAUGUACUUCACUGUAGUGAUGGCUGAGGGCAAAGAGAUCGACUUUCGGUGCCCACAGGAUCAGGGCUGGAACGCCGAGAUCACGCUGCAGAUGGUGCAGUACAAGAAUCGUCAGGCCAUCCUGGCGGUCAAGUCCACGCGGCAGAAGCAGCAGCACCUGGUCCAGCAGCAGCCCCCGCAGCCGCAGCCGCAGCCGCAGCUCCAGCCCCCGUCCCAGCCGCAGCCGCAGCCGCAGCCGCAGCCCCAGCCCCAACCUCAGUCGCAGCCCCAACCCAAGCCUCAGCCCCAGCAGCUCCACCCGUAUCCGCACCCACAUCCGCACUCUCACCCGCACCCCCACCCGCAUCCGCACGCUCACCAACUACCGCACCCGCACCAACAACCGCACACUCAGCCGCACGGCCACCGGCUUCUCCGCAGCACCUCCAACUCCGCCUGAAGGGGGCAGCAUCCGGGCCAGACAAGGUUUUGAGGACUUGAGGAAGUGGGACGAGCAUAUUUCUAUUGUCUUUACUUGGAUCAAAACAAAACAGUCUCCCCAUCCCACACCAGAUCAUGUAGUUUGGACAUCACCCUGCUGAAAACUUGUGAUUCUUCUUAGUUUUCUGCGUACUCUUCAUCACAAUGCAGGAAACGACUUCGAGUCAAGAAGACUUUAUUUAUGAACCUUUGAAAGGAUCUUCUAGUAUGGUGGACCUUCUAGGAGCGAUGAUGUACUGUAAUUUUAUUUUAAUGUAUUUUGAUUUAUGAUUAUUUAUUAGUUUUUUUUAAAAAUGCUUGUUCUAAGACAUUUCUGAAUGUAGGCCAUUUUCCAAAAAGGAAACUUUAUUUUCAAAAACCUAUUCCCUAGUAAGUCCUAAUCUUGGAAAAGAAAAAAGAGAAACGGUGGUGGAGGGGAAACAAUUAAGAAUCCAUUCAUUUUUCCUAGGGCAUUUUCAGGAGGUCUGACACUUUUAAUUGUUAUGCCAGGUGGUUGAAAUUAAAUUCUGAUGUUACAUUUUUUGAGUUUUUUUCCCCUUAGACGUAUAGUUUGUAUAGAGUAGAAGUUUAAAAAAGCUAAAAGUUCAGAAUUGUGUAAUUAUGAAAAUCUAAUGCUCAAGAUAUUGCUUUUCUAAAAGGAAAUCAGUAGUAAUGAUAGCUUAUUUCAAAAUGCUUGAAGCAUAACCCAACUGAUGACAGAAUGAACGUAUCUUGAAUAUGUGGCAGGGCUGGGUCUACCGUAGGAAGAACCUUGCUUAUAUCAUCUGUGUGUGAAAGGUUUAAUAAGAAGAGUCCUUUUGAUUGAUUUAUGAAUAUGAAUGCAUUAGAUGUUUUAUUUCAAAAAUGUCAUGGAGGAAAAAGAAUCAUUUGACUUGUUUGAGAGAGUAUUUGUGUCCCUCUCUGGACUAGAAUACCCUUCUAGAGUACCCUUCCAGAGCUUUCCCCACUUGACUUGAACCACAUUUUCUGAUCCUUUUACUCUGUUCUAGAAGCACACUGAAGAAUCUCAUUGUUGAAAGUACAGUUUGUAAAUAUCUCAAAGAACUAGGAGUCAUAACUUUUUGUUUUCAUACUGCAAUGAUGUUGAUCAGAGAAACCAACUGUUUUGCUUUUUAUUGCUCUGUGAGAUAUUUGAGGGUUAUAUAUUUUGGUAUUAGGUUAGCUAAACUCAGAAGUUGAAAAGGAAAGGACUGGAUAAACACUGGAUUUUCAGUAAGAAAACAACCCCAGUCUUGUUUUGGCAGCCACUUGUUCAGGAGUCUGUGAGGGGAAAAAAGAGGAUGCUCUUUUAAAGGUAGAACAAACCCUCUUCUGUGUUAAAUCAAAAGGAUGGUCAAAAUCCACAAGGGCAGAUGCUGCUUAAGUUUAAAAAGAGCCAUAGAUGAUACCACAUCCUCUUGGGGCUGAAAAUCACUUCCUAUCUGCGUGGCUUUACUAACUGGUCUCUGUUUUCCAUUAUCUUUUUCACAAAGUCUUGGUCAGUAUUUUUCCAGAAUUUAAAUUGAAAUAGUCAGUAUUAGACCACUGCUAAGUUAUGUAGUCAAGAAAUGAAAAUAGAAUUGCAUGCUAGAGCUGUCUUUAUUCUCCCAUUUAGAAGGGAGUUUCAAGGUCAAAUUACUUUUUAGUGCAGUAUUUAAAUGAUGAGAUUUUGAGAUCAUAACUCUUAUCCAAAAAGCUGCAGGGAAAGUUAAAACUUGAGCAAAUGGCAAACAAAACUUAAGUGGAUUCCCACUUUCAGUGGCUGUUUAGGUUGCAGUUGUAAAAAUAUGCUGCCGAGGUUUAAAAACUCUUUAUAUGUGUGUGUGUGUGUGUGUGUAUGUGUGUGUGUAUAUAUACACAUAUACAUAUAUAUAUACAUAUAUAUAUGACAGCUCAGAUCAGAGAGCCAGAUCUAAAGAUUUCUUAAAUCAAGUUUGGUUCAGCUUCCUUAGAACUACUGCUGUACUUUAGGGAAUGCCCCAUAGUAUUAUAGUUUUAAUACAUGUAGAUCUUAAUAACCUCAAUUAAACUACAACUUUUUCCAAAUGGAGGAUUUUUCUUUUAAAUUCUUAUGAUAUAAAAAAAUAAAGUCCAUACUAAGUACUUCAAAAGUUAAGAUUUGUGUAGGUUUUCAAAAAAACAUUUGUAUGGUGGUAGCUUGCAUAGAGGGCUAGGUAAUUUCAUUGCUACCUAGGCCCAGGCUCCCUCUGGGCUGCUGGAUUUUUUUUUUCCCCCUACAGUGGCUGUGGUUCUUAAUGGGGCCACUAGAAUCAUGUUUUCUUGUCUUUCUGUAGCCCUUGUUCCUUGGUCUGCUGUGAUAUUUAUGUUGAUUUUACCCUCCUUAUGGCUGAACCUCUGCUAGCCUUUAACUGUGAAAUCUCAGAAAUCGGAAAGGAGAGAAGUAGGAUUUUUUAAAUUGUUUUGACACUUUGAAAUUAUUGUGGUUUAAUAAUUUUUCCAGAGCAAAAAAACAAGCAUCCUUAACAAGACUAAACAAAACAAAAUACAAAUGCACGUCAUUUAGUGUCUCAGUGACUCUCAUCUACUGGUAAGAAAAUGAUACAUACCACCUAAAGUAUUUUGAGGCCUGACAAAUCAGCUUCAUGGAAAAAGGUAAAAAUACUUCUUUUAACCCAAGAAAAAGAGGAAGGAAAGGGCAGGGCCAAUAGAAAACUCGCCCUUGCAAUAAAUAUGAAAUGUAAAAAGUUGAAAAAUUAAGAGGAAUGUUCCACCUGGAAAUUGAACUUUUGCGCUUGAACUUGUGUUGUGAAAGAAGGACAAAAUGUAUAACUCCCCAGCACCUAGAAGGUGGUUGCUGUUGCCUCACCAAGUGCUUUCUUCACUUGCUCUCAUGACAUUCUUUGAGAACAACUAAUUCUGGGCUAGGCCAAGUAAGCAUCAUGACAAAGGUCCUUAAACUUUCUUAGUGGAAAUCCAUUUAGAUCUGUGUAUACUCUGCAGGGAGUGCUGGGGUCAGAGAGUAAAUGUCUGUAAGGAACCCUUUGUAAAUGAACAUUUUCCUCAUUGAGCAGGCUAGGCUUCUCUAAUCAUGUGGAAAUUAAGCUAACUUUAUAAUUUCACUUCAUAGAUUUUUUUCCAAUCGUCAUUUAAAAAAACCAAAACCCUACACAUUGCUUAAGGGUGUUUCCCAAACAUGUAAAAACUGUCAGGUCUGGCUUAAGUUGAAAGGCUUGUUUUAACUUUUUUUUUUUUUUUUGCUUUACUUUGUAUUUCUCUUAAAGCACCCCAAUUUUAAAUCUGACACUAAAUAAGUUUGCUGCAAGUGUAUGAGUUCAAGCGCAUCAUUUGUUUUCUGUCUCUCGGGAAAGUCGUGUGGUUUAGCUUGGCUCUGGGUGCUAACAAUAUUAUGUUCAGUAGUAGGCUUAGAAGAGGGGUCUAUGACUUGACCCAGAGCGAUCCUUUAAAACAGAGCUUUGUGGGAUGAGGAUAGGCCUGUGAACAUUCAUUCUUUUCUUUUUUUGUGUGUUAAACUAAUUGGUUUUUGCUUUAAUAAAAUAUCCUCAGCAGAAUACAUUUUAAAUUUGGAAAUUAUAGUUCUUCAUAUUGAAUCCAUCAGUGAUUCAGGGGAAAUACACCUAUUUAUCUGAAGCAACCUAAGAUGUAUUAAUUGUGGAAGUGUAUUAGAUAGAGUUUUAAGAACUAUUUCCUAAAUUCUUGACACAGUUUUGAAGGGUAGCUUUUUGACCUGCGAUGUUGAAGAGCCAAUCUAGAUUUACAUAAGAUUGGGUGACAGAGUGAUCUGUGACUGUUGGCAGGGCAUUUGCCAAGUGAAAUACAGGAUCCAACAGGGUUUUCUUAGAAAGGGCAAUAUUGUCCAAAGAAGGAAGCAGAAGGACUCUGUCCUUAGAAGCAUCUGCAUAAAAGCUGGUGAGACCUACCCCCCACUGCUCUGCCGCUGACCUGCUGGGAUAGCCUGGGGGGCGGUGAGGAAGCAGAUUUAACAAUAGGUAGUCCUUCCAGACCAUUGUAUUUUGAGAAGAAACAUAAAACUAUUAUCUGUUACAUUCCAAGAUCUGCCUUCUGCUUAAAGAAUAUGCAAAUCCCAUCUUCUGUAAAGCAAGCAUCGCCAUGUACCAAAUGCUUUACAAACCAUCACCUUCGUGAACUUAGUAGCGUGGUCAAAAUUUGUGUAAAUAUGUCUCCUAAAUGAUUUUGGAGAAAUGUGAUUUAUUUUUCAUAUUUUCAAAAUGCAUUCCAUUUCAAAUAAAGUAUCUAUUGAGACAACCAA